GCUCAUCCAGAAAUUCUGCCUCGUGUUCAGCUCUCAGAUCAUCACCAGGCCACGACACGCGCGGUAGAUCUACUGAGCCUUGCUGCAUCAUGACAAUCCCGAAACUACGAAAGAACCCGACUCCCAUAUGAUUCGGUUUGUUUGGGCGGAGGUUUUACUGCUACUGCUGCUGCUGCUCCGGUCGUAGUGGCUGGAGUGGAAACAGAGGCUGAGCCAGAGUUUGGCGCAGUCGUCAUUACGUCUUCGCCCUGACCGUUAGGAUCGGUGCUGCACUGUCGCCUGUCGUCGGUUGUUGGGAUUAGUAGGAGGCGUAGAUUACAGCACGGCAGAGUGGAGCUACCAUACACAAAAAUGUCGAGUAAGGACAAGACGCCGCUCCUGGAUGAUGCUCCGGACCGCGCUGCGACAGCAUUGAUUGGAGAAGAUGAGACGGCAGAUGCAACAAGUCAGCCGCUUAUGUCGGGAAAUGGUUCAGCCGCAGAUGCCAGUGCUGCAUCACAGUUCAAUAUUCCCAUGAAGAAGGCUAGAGUGCAGGCUGUGGAAUGGAAGUAUGAACAAGCCGCUAUCUACAUGUUUGAAGGAAAAGAUCAUUCCAAGUUCGAGCAUCAUCCUCGCACACCUGAAGCGGUGGUGGCUUAUCAUGCAGUAAACAGUACUUGGCUAAACACCAUUGACAUCAUCGCCGGCAUUGUGCUCAUGUUGUUGGCUUUGUUUGAGUAUCCAGCAGUGUGUGAUAACUGCAUCAAUAUCAAUGCUACGGCCAUAGUGGAGAUCCUGUGUCUUCUGGCUGCCCACAUCCACACUUUGUUCUAUUUCCGAUGGAAAGGAACACACAUCUUCAAAGAAAGGAAAUUGAUAUUGAAGAUUUUGCUGUCAGUGGAGCUACUGAUUGAAGCCAUUGUUGUCUUGGCGAGGCAGAAACAUCACCUUCGUUUCAUGAGGGCAUUCCGGCCUAUCUUCAUCAUUGACAACAAGUUUGCCACCGGCAUUAAAAGAGUUCUGUAUGAGAUCAUUCAGUCACUACCACCGGUCAUUGAGAUCUUAGUGCUUCUUAUCACCUUCAUCACUACAUUCGCUGUCAUGGGUUACUAUCUAUUUGGAACACAGCGGACGGACACGUACACGAACGAUUCUCACAACUGGUACUUCUACUCGUUCCAAGACAGCUGGGUGAACUUGUUCAUCCUGCUCACUACAGCCAACUAUCCUGACGUUAUGAUGCCAGCAUAUCGUGACAGUAAAUGGGCUGCCAUCUUCUUCAUCGUGUAUCUGAUCGUGACAUUGUACAUUGUAGCUAACCUUGUACUGGCUGCGGUGUACAGCAACUUCAAUACUAAAGAAAAGGAGAAGUUUUCACGUCUUUUCAUCCAUCGUAGGCUAGGACUUCGCAAAGCAUUUGAGAUCGUUGGUGGCCAUGAAGCUGGCAUGCUGGACUAUGAAACAUUCCAAGGUAUUGUAAAUACGUACUUACCCGGAAAGACCCAGUUCGAGAUAGUGUGCAUGUUCAAGGCUAUGGAUCCGAAAGGUAUUGGUGGCGUUGACCUGGAGAACUGGUUCAACUUCUACGAAGUGGCACUGUAUCGCUGGAAAGAAGACCAUGACAACAGCACUGGAUUAUUCUGUUCUGUCAACCUCUACCCGCCGACAAUCAUGCCAUUCUUUGUUGUACUGAACAAGAUUGUCACUCAUCGCUUCUUUGAAUGGUUCAUCGAUUUCUGUAUUGUGGUGAACGCGGCAUUCCUCAUUGCUGAAGCUGCCCUUACAACGGAUCAGGAUGAGGGCAGGCAUGCAAUAUCUGACUAUGAGCAAGUCUUCCUCACCAUCUACACAAUAGAAGCUGUGAUGAGGAUCUGUGGAAUUGGCUUCAGGGCCUAUUUCUCCAAGGGAUUCAAUGUGUUUGAUUUCAUCAUUGUUGCUGUGAGUCUGUUGGGACAAGCUGUUGAGAGGCGUACAAUCUACGUGACUAUACUCCGUCCAUUCCGUCUCUUCCGCCUGAUGAAGCUGCGAAGGAGUUUCAAUCACAUAUUGUCUGCUAUGUUCAACAUUAUGCCACGACUGGUCCGGUUUGUCCUGGCGUUGGUCUGUGUCUACUACUUCUUCUCUAUAAUAGCCAUGAGUAGCUUAGCAGGUGAUAUCUCAACAUGUGGGUGUGUCAAGUACCAGGGAGAGUACCAGUGUGAUGGUGUGCUCUUUCAAUCCGGACAAGAUCCCAGGGUAUUCCUGGAUCGUAACGCAUCACUCACUGCAGUCUGCAAUAACACAUUAGGAUGUACAUACAAGAAAUGUGGCGGGCACUACAGCAGUUACUAUGACAGAUCCAAUGCUGAUGGUCUGUACUAUUUGAACAACUUUGACAACAUAGUCUCAAGCUAUGUAGUCUUGUUUGAGCUGAUGGUGGUCAAUAACUGGCAUGUCACUAUGCAAGGUGCUGUGAGCUCAACUCCAUCGCAAACUGUCGCAACGCGUGCUUUCUUUAUCAUAUUCUACUUGGUAGCUGUUGUCAUAGUGACCAAUGUCGUCGUGGCUUUCAUCUUGGAUGCGUUUCAGUCCUUGCUACCAACAUUGAAAGCUCGAGAUGAAAAAGAGGAAGCCAGACUUAAGCGGAGACUUGCAUCAACUGAAGCAGAGGCCAGUGCUGCCUUUACUGCUUCUGGUUCGACAGAUGCUGAGGACAACUCUGAUGUGGAUACAGACGAACUCACAAAAUAUGUCUAUAUAUUACGAACUGUUGCCGAGAACCUUGAAGACCAGAAGUUUGUCAGAAAGCUAAAGAAGAAGAAUUCUGGCUCAGCGGAGGUGAGAAUCGUUGGCACACGUCGUAUUCAGCCAUUGGAUAUCUACCUGUUGAUCUUCGGUGAUGAUAUUGACCAGUGGAAGGACAAGGAGAGCGACUUGGCUUCCUCCCAACCUCGGGAACGUCUGACGACAUUCGUUGACUCGUAUCCUCACGACACUGCCCGUGCCAAGGCGUUAUCCGGAGCUCACAUGAGCACGAGUAUCAGUGCGGAUGAUCCAGCUCCAGCUCCAGCAGCAGUAGCAUCAUCUCCAACAGCAGCUUCUGUGUACACUGCACCGCAGUACAUACCAAUGUCAGAGACGGUCAGCUCUGCUGAUGGCACACAGAUGGAUGAGAGCGCUACAUAAUCUUCUCACGCCCAGUCAAGCCAAGUAUCUAUCAUGAUGAAGAACGCAGGUCUGUGCUGGCUACCAUCCACCUCCAAACACAGUCAACUGUGUGUGAGCUUUACACGAAAAGAUCGUGUAAAGCAAUAUUGUGCUGUAUAGUGGCACUUGUGAAGUGGAGAAAGUCUGGCAUGGUUAGGGACCAGCUGACUCAUGACAUGGGUGAUGGUGGUCCUGUGUAUAGCACCAGUGUGUUUGGUUCCAUUACUUUGUUUUGGACAUUGGUUUCCAAUUUACAUUGUGUACGUGUGUGUGCGUGUGUGCGUGUGUGUGUGUGUGCGUGUGUGUGUGUUUGUGUUAUCAUACGUGUGGUUAUCAGCUAGAGACUUACGUAAUUUCAUUAUCUAGGAGCCGGCCGGACACACCCGCACACAGUGGAGUAGUACUGCUGCUGCCUGUGCCGACAUCACAUGUAGUGCAUAUUGCUGGUGUGUUUCGGUGUGGCUUGUCUCACACACUACUACUCUAAAGCAGGGAGUAGUAAACUAGUAUUGGAUGAGCUCAGCCUGGGUGGUAAUCAGGCUGCACGCGGUCUCCUGUGCUGUGCUGCUGCUGCUUCGGUGCGUACAGAAAUCUAAAAUGAUUUUUACGGUGCGUUUUUACAAACUUCUUCAUUGUAAAUUCAAUGGGAGCAAUAUGUGCACGCGGUGUGAUUACUUUCUCAAUUUGCAAUUUGCUCCCUUGCUGUAUAGGCAAGCACUAUACGGCUCUAUAGCAGCACUAUAAGCUAUAAUAACUGUUAGAGCUGCUAGAUUGCAUGCUGCUGCUCUCUUAUCAACAUCACAUGCCGGUAUUUCCAUUUUUAGUAGUAAAUUUUUACUCAUCAAAUGUUAAAAUGGCGUAAUACGAGAAUGCCACUAACAAUAAAUAGCCAAAUUCUGCCA